AUGCAUCACUCAACUAGACCGACAGAUAGGGAAUAUAUUCCUGUCGAGACAAAAGAGACAGAAUCGCUAAACGACGGUUCUUCAGAUUCAGAAAUCUUUGACGCAAGAUCCAGGCGACACCAAGGGAGGAACCUCUCAUGCUUUUUCACUUCUAUAUUACCCUGGAUACUCACAGUGGUAUUUGCGAUUUCAACAGUCAUUCUCACUGCCAAAAUACGUGCUCAAGUUCGCUUUGGAACGUGUGAAACAAACUUCAAGACCGAUUUCGCUUUCCCCAUAAAGGCUCCUCUGGAGGAAAUACAAUUUCGGGGCAGUCCACAUUUUCUUAAAAAUGGUACGCCCUGGAUCAAAGAUGCAGAUGAAACGGCACCAUGGCCGGAAAAUGUGCGAUACGUUGGCGAACCCAGCCACGAGAUUGAUGAGAACUGGCAGCGGCUCAUUGGUAAACGCUACUUCUCAAUCUCAGAAGAGGAGGCCAAAAGAGCUUGGGGAGAUAGGCGACAAGACUUUGUAGAUCAGAACAUGGGAGGAUAUACAGCUGGGUUCGACAUGUUUCACACGUUGCACUGUAUUAACGAACUUCGCAAGGCGUUGCGUCCCGAAUACUACCCCCCGAAGUCUCAUACACUUCACGGAGCGCUUCACAAUGGCACGUAUCUCGAUAUGCGACAUACCCCUCUUGUUCAAUGCUAUGGAAGUACAACUCUGAUACCCACGAGGUUUAUGGAGGGUCUUGAACAUAACUAUAUCGAUUCAGAUCAGCGCCAUGUCUGUCGUUCGUUUACGGCCAUUCGGGAUUUCACGGACUCCAGAAUGCCAGGCGGGGGCAGAUAUGUCGCCCGGGAUCAGUCUUUGCUCAAUGAAAGGAAGCACAAAAUCGCUAAGGCAUGGGGCGAGGUAAAUGGGGAUAAUGAGAAAGGGGGUGCAUCGUGA